UAACAUUUGUAUUGUAUAGAGAAUUGGCUUUUAGUACAUUAUUAAAUAUUUUCAUAUAAAUUGUAUACCACCAGUAAAUAACAGACAAAUUAAAAUAAUAAUCUGAGGUCAUGGGAAAUAAACAGAGAUCCAAGGGGAUAAAAAAAAAUCACUCAAAAUCAAACAAAACAAAAGUGUUGUGCUCAAAUUCGGAUAAAAAACCUAUGAAAACAAAACUUAGAAGAAAUAAAUAUGAUCCAUCAAAUAUUGAAAAAGCUCUACAAGCAAUAAAAGAUACAGGAUUAUCUAUACGAAGGGCAGCUGCUGCUUAUGGAGUACCUGUAGCCACGCUGGCUAGAAAAAAAAAUGUUGGCCCUGAGAAAGCAAAAAAUAAAACAGGUCCAGAUACAGUUUUAUCACCGAAUGAAGAGGAUAAUAUUGUUCAGUGGGUGCUGUACAGAGCAUCAAUGGGAGCUCCUGUGACUAAAACUGAACUAUUGGAUUGUGUACAAAGAUAUGUACAAACUAUGGAAAUCAAAACUCCGUUUACGGAUAACCGUCCCAGUCGUCACUGGUAUGAAGGUUUCCGAAAACGCCAUCCUGAGUUAUCCAUUAGGAAACCCCAACAUUUGAGUACUAGUAGGGCAGCUGUUAAUCGUGAAGAAUUGCAAGAGUGGUUCAAGGAUUCUGGGAAAUAUUUAGAAAGUAAAAAUUUAUUGAAUAUUCCUGCCUCUAGAAUCUUUAACUGCGAUGAAAGUAGUAUACUUCUGUGUCCUGACGCCGAAAGCGUGUUAGCUGAAAAAGGAUCUCGUGCAGUUUACAAAAUAGUUGAUGGUGGCAAAGAAUCAUUGACUGUUUUAUUCACGUACAGAGCAGAUGGAACUCGUGCUCCUCCAAUGCUUAUGUACUCUUAUAAAAAAAGUAUACCUAAGAAAAUAGUGGAAAAUACUCCAACAGGAUGGGGUCUUGGAGUAUCGGACAGUGGCUGGAUGACAACGGAGACCUUCUAUGAAUAUAUUACCAACGUGUUUUAUCCUUGGUUACUUGAAGAAAAAACCGAAUUUCCAGUUAUUUUGUACAUGGAUAAUCAUUCUUCACACCUAAAUUUACCCUUGGUAACUUUUUGUAGAGAAAAACAAAUAGAAUUGGUAAUGUUACCUCCCAAUUCCACCCAUAUUAUGCAGCCAUUGGAUAUUUCAUUUUUCCAUCCAUUUAAAGAGACAUGA